UUUUUGAUUUAGAGGUUAUCGCAUAUCUUACUCUUUUAAACUAACUUAGCUAUGCGCGCAAUCGCCGUUCUAUCGCUGGUAGUUGCAAUAUUUGCUCUCAUAAUCUCCAUAGUUGCUGUUGCAACACCAGGAUGGUUGGACGAUGGAAGGGGGGUGUUUUUGUCUUGUAAUGGAACAUUAAGCAUCCAAACAUGCUCUAACGUUUUAGGCGAUGAUAAGAUGAGUUUUGUGACAUCAAUAUUGCUCUUGAUCGGCAUUGUUUCUAUUGUCUGUGGGCUAAUUUUUUUUAUUGUCUUUAUGAAACACAACAAAAAGAAUUUUGGUCUGUCUGCCAGCGUCAUUUACGCGAUUGCAGUUGCUGGAAUGGUCGUUGGUGGAGCAGUUUUUACUGUUGGUUAUAUUAAUCAGACAACAGUGCAAGGCGGCGUCACGAAUUUCGGUUACAGUUACUACCUUGCAUGGGGAAGCGCAGCUCUCUGCAUUAUCGCUUCAGUCACGUCCUGCAUUGAUAGCUUAAAGGGAAGCGCUUAAGUGCAACAUUGUUGCAGUAAAUUUCGCGUUUCGACAGUUAUUUAACGUAGAAUUGCUUUAUUUUUUUAAUAUUAUCAUUGACAAACCCUAAAGUUGAUUUAUGAAUGUUUUCUUUACCAUGCAAAUCAAUCGGAAAACCCGUUUACGUAAGAAUAAGUUCAUUUUAUAAAUUACAGAUACAACAAGUGUAAUAUACAUUUUUGCGAAAUAUCGACUAUAUGUACAAAAUGAGGUAAAACGAAGGAACGUUACACAUCUGUGCAACAUAUAUAUAUAGAGGGAGAGGCUUGUGUGUGCUGUUGAUUUUAAAAUAAAGCGUUAUCCAAAUUGUAACAGGCGUUAAAAUAUAACUACAUUGUAAUAAACAGAAUGCUUACGAA